AUGAACGGAUCAAAAUCAACACCUUCAUCCAAUAUUCGUCAACCACGACAGCGUAUGGCACAAAAUUACCUUCUCGUGUGGGUAGAUGCCAACAUCGAUUUAACAAAUACGGACUGCCAAAACACCGUGACCCAACUGAAGAACUUAAUCAACGACAUCAAUCUGUGUACUCAACCGGAUCAAUGCAUCCAGUUGCUGAACCAGAUUAAUAAUGAACGAGCCUUCGUUAUUAUGUCAGGCUCUUUAGGUCAACAUCUGGUUCCAGAAAUCCAUGCCAUGGCACAACUAGAUACAAUUUAUAUCUUCUGUAACAAUAAAUCAAUACAUCAAGAAUGGACACAAAACUGGACAAAAAUUAAAGGUGUCCAUACAAAUAUCGAAGAGAUCUAUCAAGCAUUGCAAUUGGAUAUCAAACAAUGCAAUCAAGAUUUGAUAGCCGUAAGUUUUCUCACAGUAAAUGAAAUGGCUUCAACUAAGAAUUUAAAUCAGUUGGAGCCAACUUUUAUGUAUACUCAGAUAUUCAAAGAGAUUCUCUUCGAUAUCGAAUAUGAUCGCAAGACAAUUCAGGCCUUAGCCAUUUAUUGUCGCAAAUUUUACUUGGAAAAUAACAGUGAAUUACAAGUGAUUAAUGAAUUUGAACUAGAUUAUCGUCCACAACAAGCCAUAUGGUGGUAUACACGUGAGUGUUUUACGCAUCAAAUGCUCAAUCGAGCACUUCGAACAUUAGACGUCGAUACAAUCAUUAACAUGGGCUUCUUUCUACGUGAUCUGCAUCAACAAAUUUUACAGCUAUAUGAAAAACAGAUCAAUACUUAUGGUAGAAAACCUUUUAUAGUUUAUCGAGGACAAGGUUUUACGAAAGUAGACUUUGAAAAACUUCAGAAAACACAAGGUGGACUAAUAUCAUUUAACAAUUUCUUGUCCACCAGCAAAUAUAAAGAUUUGUCCCUCGAUUUUGCUCAAAAAGCUUCAAAAAAGCUAGAUAUGGUGGGCAUUCUCUUUAUAAUGUCUAUUGAUCCUUGUAUUAAAUCAACACCAUUUGCCUCCAUCAAAGAGAUGAGUUAUUUUUACGGAGAGGAAGAAAUUCUCUUCUCAAUGCACACUGUCUUUCGGGUGAGUACAAUUAAACAAAUGGACAAUAGAAAUCAACUUUAUCAAGUUGAAUUGCAAUUAACGUCGGAUGAUGAUGAACAAUUACGAUUACUUACCAAUCGGAUACGAAAAGAAGCUGGUGGUAGUACUGGAUGGCAAAGAUUGGGUAAACUAUUGCUUAACAUCGGUCAAUUUAGUAAGGCUGAAGAACUUUAUAAGGUAUUACUCGAACAAACAUCUGAUGAGGACGAUAAGCAGCAUUAUUAUAAUCAGCUAGGAUUGGUCCAUCUGCAUCAAGGUGAUUACAAAAAAGCUAUUUGGUAUUACGAACAAGGACUUGAAAUUCAACAAGAAAUUCGUCCCUCUAAUCAUCUUGAUUUAGCUAUCUCAUACGGCAACAUCGGUUUAGUAUACAUAAAUAUGGGAGAAUACUCAAAAGCACUUCUAUCGUACGAAAAAACACUUGAAAUUCAACAAAAAAUUCUUCCUUCAAAUCAUCUUUUAUUAGCUACUUCAUACAAUAAUAUUGGUUUGGUGUAUAACAAAAUGGGAGAGUACUCGAAAGCAUUUUCAUAUUACGAAAAAGUACUUGAAAUUCGAGAAAAAAGUCUUCCACCCAAUCAUCCUGAUUUAGCUACUUCAUACAACAACAUUGGUGGUGUUUAUGACGAUAUGCGAGAGUACACGAAAGCAAUUUUAUAUUAUGAAAAAGCACUUGAUAUCUUUCACAAAACUCUUCCUUCAAAUCAUCCUGAUUUAGCUACUUUAUAUAAUAACAUCGGUUUGGUGUAUAAGAACAUGGGAGAAUACUCGAAGGCACUUUCGUAUUACGAAAAAGCACUUGAAAUUCGAGAAAAAAUUCUUCCUUCAAAUCAUCCCAAUUUGGCACAAUCAUACAACAACAUUGGAUCGAUUUAUAGAAACAUGAAAGACUAUUCGAAAGCACUUUCAUAUUAUGAACGUGCAUUGGACAUAUGGCAACGUUCAUUACCUCCAACUCAUCCUCAUAUAAAUACUGUGAUAAACAAUAUUAAAAUUGUAAAAAAAGAAAUUAUAAGGAAUAAUUGA